GAGUUAUAUAACCAGGCACCAUGCCUCCAUGAGCUCGUAAAAUUCAGGACAGCACAGCAUCCAUUCUAAACUGACCUCGACAUUGAUCUACUCAACUUGAUCCGGAAACCCUAACAAAUCCAAUCCAUCACUCAUUAUGAAGUUGACCUUUACCCUCGCUACCAGCUUGCUCGUCUUCGCCAAUGCCGCAAGCGCUGGCCAAUGUGUAUCUGGCUUGAAUUACUGCGGAAGUACUUUGGUCGAUGGCGGAUACCAUGACAUUAUUCAACAAAGCCUCCGAAACUCUGGUGAAACUGUUCUUUCAAACACACCGGGCCUCUGGUGGAGCACCUACUGGAAGUGUAAUCCUGGCGGCUCAAUUACCUAUCUCGGAGGUUGUGGCGGUGGUUGUUUCGAUGCCGGAGCUGGCAAAAGUGACAUCUGCAGCCAUGACACGUCCAAUUGGCUAUAAGUUGUAUCUAGUGAAGGGCAUUGCUUUGCAGGAGCCUAGUGAGGUUGGAACAUGCCGUUUUACGUCCUAGCCAGCUUUCAAGUGGUUCUUUGUACAAUAGCUGGUCGAUGUCCUGUUAUAAAUCAAC